AUGGGCCAUCACGCAGCGGGCACGGGGCACCAUCACGACCCGAACAUCCACCCCGAUGACCCUCGUUACAAUCACAAUCACUUCCUCUUCCAUCAGUCUGGUAACCAGCCGCCGCCUCUUUUCGCCGCCGUCGCCGCUGUUGCAGCUGCCGGGAGACCUGCUUGGGAGAGUCCUGGACUCGCAGCUACGUCGGAAGCGGCAUCAGUCGCGACUGCCGAGGCAACAGCAACGGUCGAAGGAGGCGGAGGAGGAGGAGGAGGAGGAGGAGGAGGAAUAGCCUCGAUUGCCGCCGCAGCGGACAGCGGAACAGUCGCAGGGAACGAGAGGGCUGUGAUUGUAGGCCCUGUAGAUAUGGAGAAGCUAUUCCUUCCGGAAGCGGGCAAUGCGGCGGCAUCUGCGGGGCCGACAGCGAAAAAGGGACCCCCGGGACCGUGCACGAGUCUUAAGAAAGUCUACAUUAUCAAUGUUACGAAGGUGUCGCACCUCACCACGCGAACCAUGCUUCCCCCCACCGCCACUGUUGUUCUCUACCUGAAAAACAACCUGGCGCUGACCAAGGGCCUGCUGUUCAACGCGCCGUACUCGUGCACGAUUCUGAUGAGCGAGAAGUGGCCGGGGUUUACUAUAUCGAGUACGGACCUGACGAACCCGGUGAUUCGCGUGUGGAAUGCGAAUAACUUCGUGUCGAUGAACGUUAACUACAAACUGCCCGUGACGGAGGGCAGCCCCGAAUGCACCAACGUGCCGGAGCUCGGGUCGGGCGAGACGUGUCCGGCUGUGUCGGUGUACAAGUCGUACGGAGUGCAGAUCGGCAUGGGCACGGUGUACGGACGAGUGGACGUGCUGAGGAGCAUGGUCGUGCGCGUGGACUCACUCAAGGUCACGGGAGUGGCUAUCUUCAACAAGUCGCCGGGCGCCAUUCGCGUUGCGAUGUCGGGCUACGGCCCUGACCUCCUGCGCGCCCAAAUCGUCCUCUCGAGCAACGAGGUCUUUGGCGUGGACACCCCGAUCGUUUUGCACAGGGGCGCCGUCGGCAUAACGGUUACGAACAACUUCGUGCACAAUUUCAUUUUCGCGGGGAUUCGGUGCGGCGCGGACGUGCACUACAGCGGCGACUGCAUGCUGACGCGGAUCAACUGGAACCGUGUGGUGGCGUCGGGGAGGAACACAAACGGGGAUCACGACGCGGCGGGGAUUUAUUACUGCACGCACUGGUUCAACCCUGGCAACAGAGCGUUUUGCAACUAUGUGUUUAACGGAGAUCACUGUUAUUAUCUGGACUAUUGCACAUCUGGCGUGCUUGUAAGGGGCGGGGCUUGCAUCAACACGUACGACGGCAUGAAAGUCAACAACGGCAAGAGGAACGUGAUUAAGCACGUGGCAAUGAAGGGCACACAGGGAUCCCCUGGUUGGACCACAUGCUUUACAGUCACGCUCAACAACUGCCUCAAGGACCCUGGCAGCUACUGGGAGGCCAUGCGCGCCAAAUACUACAACACACCUGCAAUCAAUGCG